GGGGAAUGUAAUUUUUGGAUUCAAUCCAAAUUAUGUGGCUCGAACCCAUUCUCAAUUUUUGAACCAAGCAAGAAAAAUAAGAAAAUUGGAAUGAAAGACACAAAUUGGUUAUACCGAAACAAGCACACAUUUUUAUUUUUGAAAUUAUUGGAAGUGGCUACAUUUUUUCCCGCCUUUACUAAUUCCCAAAUUUCCACAUAUGUCCCAAUCUUCUCCAUUACGCGCGUACUUCAAUCUCCCUCUCUCUAAACACAUCACGCUUUUCCACCGUACUCUUUCCGCCACCACCACCACCGCUGCGGCGGCGGUGGCGUUACCUCACCGAUGAACUCCAUCUCGGAGUCGUCCCUGUUAUCCAAGAUCGAAUCCUCCACAGAUAUCCCCGAAUUACACACCUUAUUCUUCAACUACCUCCAACCUUUCAAGACAGUCUCAGGACCCAAAAAACCCUCUUCCAAGUCCUCAAAAACCCCAGAAACCGCCACAAUCCGAUCCCUAGCGAAGCAAUUCAUUUCAUUCCUCAACAAAUCCCUCUCUCUUCUUCCCAAACGACUUUCCUCUGAAGCCGGCUCCUCGUCCCCUGAUAAGAUUUCCAGGGAUUGCGCCCUCAAACUGUUUGAAGUUUACCGUCUGUGCCUUAAUUGCCUCAGUUUGAUUGUUCCCGUCUUGGAGUGUAAACCCCACGCUAUUCAAGUUCAACAGGUUCGAUUAGUUCAUUGUUUGGAUAGCUGGGGUUUGCAUCAAGAGGCGCAAACUGAGUGUUUUGUGGUGCUUGAGAGUCUGCGGAGUAUUUCUGGAGACAAAGUGAGAACGAAGUCAGCAAAGUCAAAGGGGCAGUUGCUUCCCAGGUUGAACGAAGAGAAUGUGGACCAAGAUUAUGCCUUGCUGGUCGUGGAAAUUGUGAUCAUACUGAUUAAAUGUGCUUCCAUAAUCCAGAGUGAAGAUGAACGUGAUUAUAAGAGAGUUAUUGCGAUGGUUCAUGAAUCCAAACCUUGGUGCAAGGUUUUAAAUGGCAAUUCCUACGAUAAUUUGCAUAGGACGCUCGUUGCCUAUCUGAAUAGAUUAUGCAUACAUUUGGUCAAGGGUUUGGAAGUUUUUGAUAUAGAGUUGGUUUUAGAGUUCUGCGAGUUGACACUUACACUGAUUAGUGAAUCUUUCCUAAAAGAUCAGAUCUGCAAGUAUGCUUGGGGAAUAUGCUAUAGCCUCUUCUCCAAGAAGAGCAGUGGAGUCCUACACAUCUCUGAAGUGCUAAAAUUUGUUCUGAGCUUUUUAGCUGCUGCUUGUGAGUUCAAAGUGGAGCAGACCAUAACAGAGUUUUUGGAAGUAGUCCAGAAUUGUGCUAGAAGUUGUAAAACAGCAACACCAACGAUUUGCAAUGAAGUUGGAGAACAUUUAAGCAAAUUAGCUGGUUCCCAGGAUACGCUACUUGUCGGUGCUAUCAUGGGGGUUUACGCGUCUGGAUUGCUUAUAAGUUCUUCAGAAUGUCAAUCUAUAAUUGGUGAAUGUGCAACUGAAAGAAAUGCGGAGAAUGGAUCUAUUUCUGGGGCUGUUCAUGGUUUUGCAGUGCUGCUUAAACGAUUGCACGUCUAUCUUGAAUCAAUGAGGGGUUUUUUUAAUUUUAGUGACAACGGGAAUAGGUUGUCGAAGGAAAAAACUUCAUACCUGCUCUCCUAUUACGAUGCUCUUAAAUUCUUUUGCCUGCCACUCGCUAGGUCAGUAUAUGCGCAGAGGAAAGAAAUUCUGGCUGAAGGAAAGAAUGCUGAGUCUUUUGCCAACCUAGGUGUUAUUCAUGAUGCAUUCUAUCAGUUAUGCAGCAUUGUUAUUCUUCUUACUCGCGCAGGUGAAAAGAUUAAUGUGCCUGUGGAAUAUGCUUGGGAUGGCAUGUUUAAAGUAAUGCAUGAUGUACCUGUUGCUGCUUUUACUCUGUCACUUCAAAAUGGGCAUCGUAUUAAGGAGAGUGCAAAUCUUGUGAAGUAUGUUCUUUCAAGUGAUCGGAUUCAGGCUGAUGGACUCAAGUAUAUCUUUUCUUCGCUUUACAAUGUCUACGUGAUUCAACACAGAAAUAAGCAUCUUGAAAAGGCUUCAAAAGCUCUAAAACUAAGCUGCAUGGCAUCUUGGAAGUUAUUGAUGCUUUAUUGCAAGUCACAUGAGUUACACGGAGAUCUAUCGGAAGUAAAUAAUAAAGCUUUCAGGAAAGAUGCUAUGGGUUAUGUCAAUGAAGCAUCUGAGAAAACAGCUAUUCUCUUGGACCUUCUGUCUGAGAGAAGUCAUCAUAAGAUGAAAAAACUUCUGAAAAGUAGCCUUGAGAGCUGGUGUGUUGCUGAAAGUAUGUUACAAAAUAUUUCACCCCCCUUUGCUCUAGUCAAACGUUGGGUAAAGAUAGGACAUAAGGUCCGCCAGAACAAGGAUUCUGAGCAUAGUUCUAUAACCUUAUAUAACUUGCUUUCAUCAUCGGAUAUUGUGUCAGAAAAAGCUCUUGGUGUACUACUGGAACAGGAACUGCUUGCUUAUAAAUCAGGGGGAGCUCUGGAUUCAAUAUUUUCCUCAAAAAUGCGAAUGGAAAUCAUUGAGAUUCUUUUGGAGAAAUUAUAUGGCUCCAAUGAUACAUGUGUAGAGAAAUCUAGAGUUCUUAUUGCCAAAGCAGGGGAAUUGAGAGACCUUGGAAGCGAAAACCUCGACGAGUGUUUUCAGUGCUUAUCAGAAGCAAUUUCUAUAUUGGAAAUGUGUUCAAGUAACCAUAAAUGCCAUAAAUGUGAUAUUGAAGCUCGGCAUUUGAGGGCAUGUGCUCAUUGCUUACGUGCAUUGUGUACCCUGGAGAAAUCCAUGCAAAAAUCAAAGGUUUUAUUGCUCAAAAGUAACUUUGAAGAUGUUCGCAGCGCGUUGAAUUUGUGGUUUCACCCAUUCCAAGACCAUUCGACUGAUCAUUGCAGUACUUUGGAUGGCAUUUUCAAGUUCUUCAAUGACAAUGGUCACUCCAAUAUGUUUUUUGAAAAUAUGCUGAAGAUGCUGCAUUGCCUUCUUGAUUUGUUAUCAAUGCAGGGUUAUAUGGAAAUGCAUGCAGAAAUAUAUGAGAUAAUUGUUCGGUUGUUCAAAUGGAAAAAUCUUUCAUUAGAGGAUGCUCUUGCCUUGUUCUGGAAAAGCAGAAGUUUUGGACAUGGCCUUUGCGCUUCACCUUUCAGCGAAAUCAUCAUCUCAAAACUGUCUCAUUGUUAUGGAGAACAAUCCAAGUCUAUCAGGUUUUGGAUAAAAUCUAUGCAGCCUUCACGAGCACUUCUAAUUGGGUUCCAACAGCGGUUCUUUUCUUCUUUACCUGACUCUUCGCUGAGAAAUUUUUAUGAAGGAGAUAUGAAGGUUGCACAUGAUGAAGUUAGGUCAGGUGCUUCUGGUUCUCCUUUCCAUGUUUCUGCAGAAGAUGUCAAACAUGUUGUUUCCGAUCUUCUUUCAAGUGUACCUGUAUCUGGCAAUUCAUUUUUUCUUGCUGCAUAUCUCUACUAUGACUUGAGUGAUAGAUUAAUUAUGAAAGGAAAAGUAACUGAGGCUCUCUUGUAUGCAAAAGAAGCCUACCAGUGGCGCUACGAUCUCCUAAGGAAGAAAUUCAAGUACUCUGUAAGAGCUAUGAGUGACAGCGAAAAUGAAACAGAAGAUGGUUCCCGAAGGCAUUUUGAUAUCCUUGCGAGCAUCCAGUUGCGGGAUUCAGUGGCUAAAGAAGUGUGGUUUGGUUGCCCUCCAUGUGAUAUUGAAGGCUGUAUUCUGACCCCUUGGAAUAUACUUAAGUGUUAUCUUGAUAGCACGCUGCAGGUAUCAAAGAUAAAUGAGAUACUAGGUGAAGCAUCAAAGGCUGAAGCUCUUUUACAGUGGGGCAAACAAAUUGCCGUCCAUCGUUGCCUGCCAGUAUAUGUGAUUUUUUUCUCUUCUAUGCUAGGUAAGCUCUACCGCAAGCAAAUGCUCUGGCGAUUGGCAGAAAAGGAACUAAAAGCUGCUUCACAAAUGAUGGCCGACAACAAAAACAUGAUUACUUGCUUGAAGUGCAGGAUGUUUCUGGAUAGUACCAUUUGUCAUCAACUUGGUGAUCUCUACAAGAGCCAUUCUUGCAAUGACAUGGGAAAUCCUUCUUCUGCUAUGGCAAAUUACAGGUCGGCCUUACAGAAGUUAAACAUAGUAGAAUGGGAUGAUUUUUCUAGUAAUUUUGAGGAUGGAAAGACUGAGCAGAUUGACCAUAGAGAUAGAAGUUCAUUUUUUGGCUGUUUAAGGGAUGCUUUGGAUAAAGUAGUUCUCCCUUCAAAAAGUGAAAGGCCAGCAGGGAAAAUCCAAAAGAAGAAGGCUCAGAAGAAAGGGAAAAAGCCUUCGCCACCUCAUGAACAGUGUUUAGUUGCUGGGCAUAAUUUGAGGAUGACUCGAUCAAGAUAUCGCUCAUUGGAAAAAAGUGGUGAUGCUAUUUUCCAAAAUAUUGAGUGUGGGCCUGUGGUUAAUUCACACAAUGGUAGCUCGUAUUCUCGCAAUUGUGAGCCCGAUGGCAUAGAUGUUGCAUCAGAAGCUGAAACUUCCAUAGCUGAAUGUGCAUAUGAAAUCACACGGCUUUCCAACAAAAUCAAGUGCUGGCACUGUCUUGUUCUUGAAGCUCUCAAAUCUGGGUCAGUGACAGAUUUUGUGCAUUUGAACUGGGAACUAGUCAGAAGGCGGGUUUCAUGGCAACUACUCAUCAAGAUAGGGAAAAGCUUUGGAGCUUAUGAUGACAACCAUAAAGCACAUCAAAUAGUUUUGCUGAGUGUAUCACUUUUGGUCAACCCAUUCUGUGGGAAGUAUUCUUCUGUUUCCUGGUCAUCUUUAAUUGACAUGCUCAAUGAGGAUUUCCUUCGGGAUAUAUUUGCCGUUGAGCAUGCCGUUUUACUUUAUAGCAUCUGCUGGAUUGCUUUGCGAAGCUAUGCUGACAAGAUUACCAGCAGGGAGAAUCAUUGUCAAAUAUCAACCAUUGGGAUUCCUAGGAUUUUUUCUUGGUUGAAGCUGGCAUUUAUGCUCUCUUGUGAAGUUCCGAUACUUUCUCAGAAGGUUUCAAGGUUGCUUAGUGUCAUCUAUUUGCUUUCAACCUCAGUGAAGGCAUUUUCUCUGCAAAGAGGGGAAGCACUCUCCGAAAACUAUUGGGCUUCAUUUUUUCAUCAAGCUUCAAUCGGCAUCCACUUUAACCAGCGGGUGCUUUCUAGCAUGAUGCAAAAGACAAAAUCGGGAAAGAUGGAUUCUUGUCUUUCUAGCUCAGAUUCUGGUUUCUUGAGAGCGCUCAACUCGCUCAGGCUAACACCUGAAGCACUGAGUGAUAUGGGUGAAUUUGUUAGCAGAUUCUUUGAAGGCCUGCCUAGUUCUACCAUUAUCUGUGUCAGUGUCAUAGGGGGAGCAGAAGCUAUUCUUUUGAGAGAGUUAUUGUGUUGUGCUUCAGCUCGAGCGUGGAUUUUAGUUUCCCGCCUAAAUUCUAAAGAUCAGCCCGUUAUCCUACUUCGGCCUAUGGACUCACUAUUACAAGAAUCAUCGAUCGUUGAUUUGGGCUCUAACUCGGGGAUCUCCAAGGAGGACCAAGAUCUUGUCAAGCAGUGGAAGUGUCCGUGGAACUCUUCCAUUGUUGAUGAAAUUGCCCCAGCUUUCAAAACAAUUAUGAAGGAAAAUUACUCAUCGUCAGCAUUUCAAACAGAAGACAAGUUAUUAUGGUGGUCACAAAGGAAGAGUCUUGACAAAUGCUUGGGUAGAUUUUUGCAGAACUUGGAAGAUUCAUGGUUGGGUCCCUGGAAAUUCUUGCUUUUAGAGAAAUGCGCAGACACCAAUCAUAUGGUUUCUCUUGAAAAUAAACUCAUAGAAGAUCUGAAGCUCAAGUGUAAAGUGAAUGUCCCAAAGGAUCUUCUCAGAGUAUUCCUCAGAGGGGCUAGUUGUUCUUCUGAAAUUAGAGAAUGUGCAUUGCAGCUUAUUCUAAACAAAGGAUGCUACAUUGGUGGAUGCUGUGAAGCUGUAUCAAAUGCAUCUGUUGAAGUCAAGAGCCUUUCCAUUGAAGUGUUUAAGACAGUGUCUAGAACUGACGCACUUGGGGAGAUUGACAGCCUUACCCCAAAGCCCGUUAUUCUUGUUUUGGAUUCUGAAGUGCAGAUGCUGCCUUGGGAGAGUCUACCAAUACUUAGAGAUGAGGAGAUCUAUCGCAUGCCUUCUGUUAGCAGUAUCCGUGCAACACUUGAUAGAUGCCAUGAAAUAUUUCCUGUUAUAGAUCCGUUGGAUUCCUUCUACGUUUUGAAUCCCAGUGGUGAUCUAAGUAAGACACAGUUUGAGUUUGAGAAAUGGUUCAAAGAUCAGAAGAUUGAGGUUGAUAUGUGUGUCCUACCUGUAAGAGCUUGAAUAUGGAGAGCUUAUUCAAUUUUCUUUGACAGGGAAAGAGCGGGACUGCACCCACAUGUGAGGAAAUGGUCACAGCCUUAGAAAUUCAUGACCUCUUUAUUUAUCUUGGCCAUGGAUCUGGGUCACAGUACGUUGCUGGACACAAGAUUGAGAAUCUCAGCAGCUGUGCUGCUAGUCUGCUUAUGGGUUGUAGUAGCGGAUCUAUGUUAUUGGAUGGACAUUAUGCCCCCAUUGGAACUCCUCUCUCCUACCUCUUAGCAGGUUCUCCCGUUAUUGUAGCUAAUUUAUGGGAUGUCACAGACAAGGACAUCGAUCGAUUUGGUAAAGCCAUGCUUGAUGCAUGGUUGAAAGAAAGAUCAGCUGUUUCAGCACGAUGCAAUGAAUGUCAUGAACUCCUGGAUAAAUUCAAUUCCCUAAAGAUUAGCAAGACAAGAGGAAACAGAAAGGAAAAAGGCUCGACAAACAGUUCAUCUGAAUCGUCUGACAGCUUGUAUGUUGUAUCACAUACUUGUAAACACAGACACAAACUUGGUUCAUUCAUGGGACAAGCUCGUAAAGCUUGCAACCUUCCUUACUUAAUUGGAGCAGCACCCGUUUGUUAUGGUGUUCCUACAGGUAUAGCUAAAAAAGAAAGAGUUGUAACAUUAACUCCAUAGAGUUGUCUAACAAAUUAUUAUAAUGUUCAUUCUUCUAAAAGUACUUUUCUCCUU